AGGCCUGCUUUAUUUCUGUGAAUCUUGCUCGUUGACCAUAGUGGCUUCGCUGCCAGUUUGACAACUCUUAACAAUUUAAUUUUAUAGUCUGUCGAAGAUCACUCUGCAUAACCCUAUUGAUCUCUGAACAACAACAUGGCUCAGGAAUUUGUUGCCGGCAAGAUUAAAGGAGAUAAAGUAGUCGUGUUUCUAAAACCGUCGUGCCCAUAUUGUGUAACGGCUAAAAAUGUUUUGUCAAAGUAUGGAUUCAAAUCUGGACACUUGGAAUUUAUAGACAUUUCUGGACGUGAUGACAUGAGUGAAAUCCAGGAUUAUUUAAAUAACAUAACAGGUGCAAGGACGGUGCCACGAGUGUUCAUCGGUGAGGAGUGUGUUGGCGGGGGCAGUGACGUUUCAGCCCUGGACAAGAGUGGGAAGCUGGAGGGAAUGCUUAAGUCAAUCGGAGCGCUACAGUAAACUUCAGCCUCUCCUCUCCACCACUCCGCAUUUAUGGCUGCAGACACCUGUGGAUAUCUGCAUCAUUUGGAAGACCUCUUACCUGUCUGCUGAACUUAAACUGAGAUACCAAACAUGGUGCAUAACUACAUCAAUGAUGUCCUUGUUGAAGUAAAAGGAAGAAUCUUCUGUCCCAUGUUUUCAUGACAGUAUAUCUUUUCCCUCAAUGUCUUCUGAGAUGUUGGCAUCAAAACAUCAACUAAAAUAAUGAUAUGUUU